AUGUCGAAUGCAUCAUUAAAUGAAGAAUUGGUAUCGUCAUUCUCAAACACACCCCAGCGUUGGUUUCAUCUCAAGAAGUUUCUCGAAAGGCCGGGUCCGUUUGCGCACCCGGAGUUCAUACCUAGUCCCCAAAAUAUUGAUUUUAUCCAUCAGUGUAAAAUUCUUGUCGUAGGCGCGGGCGGCUUAGGCUGCGAAUUGUUGAAAAAUUUAGGAUUGAUGGGAUUCCAGGACAUUCACGUCAUCGACAUGGAUACUAUCGAUAUAUCUAAUCUUAAUCGCCAGUUUUUGUUUCGACAUUUUUGCCGAAUUCAGGACAUGACGGCUGACUUUUACCAAAGUUUCAGCAUUGUAAUUUCUGGAUUGGAUUCGGUAUCUGCUAGAAGAUGGAUCAAUGGAAUGUUGGUUGGCUUGCUGCACUAUGAUGAAAAUGGUGAACUGGACACAUCUUCAGUCAUACCUUUAAUUGACGGAGGAACUGAAGGCUUCAAAGGAAACGUCCGUGUUAUCCUGCCUGGCGUUACUCCUUGCAUUGAGUGCACGCUAAGUCUAUAUCCUCCGCAAGUUAAUUACCCUAUGUGUACCAUUGCGCACACCCCACGAUCACCAGAGCAUUGUGUUGAAUACGUUCGUAUGAUACUUUGGGGAAAAUUGAGCCCGUUUGGCACUGCAUGUUCUUUGGAAGCAUUCAAGAUAGCUUCAAGUUCUGCCCUGCCGUUGAACAAUUACAUGAAUUUUCAGGACAGCGACGGAGUUUACACCGGUGUUGUGGAGUUACAAAGAAAAGUUUUGAAUUUUCAGGAAGAUUGCCUAGUGUGUAGUCAGAAGCCUCAGAAGAUUACUUUUCCCGAAGAUGCGAAACUUGAAGAUAUUGUUUCUUUCUUAAUCAAUAGUGCGGAAUAUCAAAUGAAGUCGCCGUCUUUGACAGCUCUCACUCCCAAGUUUACUACCCUGUACAUGCCCACAGUUCCGAGCCUUGAACAACAGACAAAGAUGAAUUUAGAAAAAUCGUUGAAAGGUACUUACUUUCUCUUGAUGUCGUUUAAAAUCAUCUGAUA